GAAGAAGAAGAAGAAGAAGCAGCAGCGUAGCAUAGUGAUGACGUCAUGCAGUGCGACGACAACAGCAGGACGGUGCAGUUGUAGCUUAGCAUGUUGUGCUAAUUCUCUGGAACAUACCGAGCUUUGUGACUCUUGGAAAUCAUGUCUCUGUAUGAUGAUUUGGGGGUCGCGACCAGUGAUGCAAAAACUGAAGGCUGGUCGAAAAACUUCAAAUUGCUGCAAUCCCAGCUUAAAGUAAAGAAAGCUGCCCUGACACAGGCAAAGACACAGAGGAUGAGGCAGUCAAACGUUCUGGCUCCGGUCAUCGAUCUGAAGAGGGGAAGCACUGUAGAUGACAGACAGAUCUCAGACACACCUCCACACACAGCAGCGGGAUUGAAGGACCCUGCACCUGCUAGCUUUUCCUCAGGCGAUGUCCUGAUCCCGAUCGCUGACGAAUAUGAUCCCAUGUUCCCCAACGACUACGAGAAAGUGCUGAAGAGACAGCGAGAGGAGCGCCAGCGGCAGAGAGAGCAGGAGCGCCAGAAGGAGAUAGAGGAGAGGGAAAAGAAGCGCAAAGAGCGUCACGAAGGAAACGCGCCCAGCGGUUUCUCUCGCUUCCCUGCAGAGGCAGAAUCCGACGAAGAUGAGGAGUAUGAGAAAGAGAAGAGGAAGAGAAAUAUCGGUGGAGCUGCGAUUGCACCUCCAUCAUCUCUAGUGGAGAAAGACUUGUCAGCUUCAUACUCGUACGACGAUGAAGGUCGUCAGCGGUCCAAAGCAGCCAUUCCACCUCCUGUUUACGAGGACUCUGAGAGACCGCGCUCACCUCCAGGACCCACCAGCUCCUUCCUGGCCAACAUGGGAGGGACGGUGGCUCACAAGAUUAUGCAGAAAUACGGUUUUCGGGAAGGCCAAGGCUUGGGCAAGCAUGAGCAGGGGCUGAGUACUGCUCUGUCAGUGGAGAAAACGAGCAAACGGGGUGGAAAGAUCAUCAUUGGAGACUCGACAGAAAAGACUGGAGGACCUAGUCAGAAUGCAGCCGACACGCCUGGUUAUAAUGCUGCAACAGGAGAUGCAAAGAAGAACGAGGUCAACCCUCUGACCGAGAUCCUGAAAUGCCCUACGAAGGUGGUGUUAUUACGGAACAUGGUGGGAAGAGGAGAGGUGGAUGAGGACCUAGAGGCUGAAACAAAAGAGGAGUGUGAAAAAUAUGGCAAAGUCAUCAAGUGUGUUAUCUUUGAAAUUUCGGAUGUGCUAGAUGACGAAGCUGUGAGAAUAUUCCUGGAGUUUGAACGUGUUGAGUCGGCUAUUAAAGCCGUGGUGGAUUUGAACGGAAGAUAUUUUGGAGGUCGAGUAGUGAAAGCCUGUUUCUAUAACCUGGACAAAUUCCGUGUGUUAGACCUGGGAGAAGCGGUGUGAGUCUCACGAGCUGCGUAACAUCCCUUACUUCCUCACUGUGGGAAUUCCAUUGGGAAAAAAAUGUCUGGCCCAGUUUUUGUACAUAGCAUGGAUGUUUUUUUUCCUUUUCUUUCAUUCACAUAUUUGUUUAUAAUGAACAUUGGCAUAUUUAAUUUGCAACCUGAUAGAUUUCUUCUUUUUUUUUUUUCCUGCUUCCUUUUUUUUAAAUAUUCCCCGAGUUCUUAAUUCAGUGUGUAUUACAGUGAACAUCUCAUUCUUGAUUCAUGACGAAGAAGCAUACUGUGUUGUAGAAACCAGGAAAUAAACAGUGUAAUUUGGAAA